AUGGAGGGUGAAAAUAUAAGUAAUAGUAUUAAUACUGAGUCAGAGUAAAAUCUCUAGGAAACUAAUCAAUAAUUAGUGACUUAAGAAUAAUCAGUCCAAGAAAGCGGUAAUGUCUUUUAAGAAGAGGAAAGCAAAAACGAAUAAGAGAAGGAAUUAUACAUGCCAAAAAAGCACGAAGAUAAUCCAUUUGUACUUUCUUUAGAUGUAUCUGUAGGACCUAAUUCAUUUAUUGACAAUCGCUAGCCAUAUAAUGAAGAAUGUCCUCCACCAAAAUACUUUUCAAAUGAUAUUUUAUUGGAACCUCUUCCAGUUAUUAGAGAGGAUAUCCUAAAAGGUUUAAAAGAAACAAAAUAAGGAGGACUCAUCUGCGUUGACAAAGAAGCAAUGGAUAAGUAAAAAGGUGUUUUAGUGCACGUAUUUAAGUAAUUAAGCAAAGUUUUGAUGUAGGGUCUCUCAAUCAGUCAUAUUUCUCUGCCUAUAAAAAUCUUUGAACCAAGAUCAUCAAUUUAGAGGAUAGUAGAUAUAUGGUCUUUUGCUCCUAAGUUUUUAGCCAAAGCAUCAUAAAUAUAGGAUCCCUUGGAGCGGUUUAAGCAAGUGAUAGCUUUCGCUCUAAGCGGUAUUUACAUUGGAACUAGCUAGUAUAAGCCAUUCAAUCCCCUUUUAGGUGAAACGCUUUAAGCAUAAUUUACUGAUGGAACUCAAAUAUAUUGCGAGCAUACAUCUCAUCAUCCACCGAUUACUAAUUUCCUAAUGUAGCCUCCUGAUAAUUCUUAUGAAUUUUAUGGUCAUUACGAAUUCACUGGAAGCAUGGGUGCCAACCAUCUAAAGACCAGUCUAAAAGGCCCUAAUAAUAUAGUCUUUAAAGAUGGUUAGCAUAUCAGAUUCAGAGUACCUGAGUUUUAACUAGGAGGAACUGUAAUGGGAGAAAGAACUAUCGAAACAACAGGAAAUGUUGUGUUUGAAGAUUUAACCAAUAAUUACAAGGCAGUUAUAAUUCUGGGAACAUAUAAAAGGCAUGGAUAUUUUAGAGUAACAGAAACUGGAUCAAAAGAUGAGAUACAAGGAAUGAUCUAUGAAUAUUCGCCAUAUAUAAACAAGUUAUCGUUUCAAAAGACGCUAUAUAAUGACAAAAUUAUUGGAAUAUCUGAGAUUGGUUAAAUUAGUGAUUCGAUAAGAAAUAUUUGUGAGAUUAGCGGUAGUUGGCUGAGAUAAAUCUUUAUUGGAGGGGAUCUAUAUUGGAAUAUUGAGAAAGACAUUCCAAAUCGCCAAAUUCCUAAAACUCAGACUAAUUAAGACGAUAUAAUUAUAGCUCCUUCAGAUUGGAGAUUCAGAGAGGAUCUUAUAUGGUUAAAAUACGAUUGCAUGGAUAUCGCAAGUGAGUGGAAACAUCGUUUGGAGGAGUAACAAAGAUAUGAUAGGAAACUUAGAAAUGAAAAAAGAGAGCAGAGACUCAAGGAGACUUGA